CAUUAUUCAAACUUUGAUUUACCAUUACUGUUUUAUUUCUCGUUGAAUAUAUGUCUAAAUCAAAUCAUAGUACUGACCAAUAAAUAGUAUACGACAUUACUAUUUGCUCACGAUUUUCACAUAUUAAAAAUAUUUAUAUACUAAUUGUAUUAUUUAUAAUUUUUAUCAAAAUUCUUAUGCCUUACUCUUUAAAAAGUGAUUUUGUUAUCUACAAUAUGAUACAAACAUUUACUAAUCAACUAAAACUAAAUUUUCAACGCUUUAUAAUUAUUCUACAAAAUCAACUCUAAUUAAUUUUUCUGCUAAUAAAUAUUAGAUACUUUGUUAUUCACUUGAUAUAUCAAUCAUACUCAGUGUCCAGUCAAGUAACCUUACUAAACUAGUGAGUCUAAAAGUAUAUUUCAGUGUUAGUGUUGAGAAAAUAUAGUUUACAUAAAUUUAGUUACAUGUCAAAGUGGGAACCAAAUUUAAAUCUUAUAUAUUAAAACAGAAGUCACAACCUUAAUGCAUGUGUGAUUUUUUAAAAAAUGGACUUAAUGAAUCAUCACUAAAAAUCAGUUAUUAUUUAUUCAUUUAUUAGUACUAAUAUGGCUUAUUAUAUCAUUCCCUAAAUUUCUGUUACACGCCUACAAUUUCGGUUUGGUUUACAAACCAAUAUUUGGUUCCUUAAUUAUUGAAAUUGUAAAUCAUUAUCAAACCAAUGCAUCAACGUUUUUGCUCAACCGUAAAUAUAAAUCAUUAACAAACAAUCCUUAGACUAAAACAUUAACGUAUAGUUCUAGAAUUGUAAAUGUGAGUUGUUUGUUAUUUAAAAAAUGCAUUAGAACCUCUGUUAUAUUCACUUACACGUUAUAUAAUAUAUGAUCAAGUGAUGAUCCACCUCUUACACAUCCCCUUGAAGCAUUUCACUUGUAAAGAAACAUUAAACCGGCGGUGUUAAUUUUCAACUUCUUACACAUUAUAUACAUAGAUGAUCACAUAUUCAUCACACUGAUCCGGUAAACAAAAAAAAAUACUUAUUAUACUAAAUAUUUAUAUAAAAAUAAAUGAAAACAAAAACUUUGCGCGGGUCGAGAUGUAGAUCUUUCUCUCACUAUGGUAGUUUCACACUGAUCUGGUAAAUAAAACAAAUAAUUAUAUGUGUAAUAUUUUUGAAUAUGACAAUAAAACAAUAUUUUACUAAUCUAUAUAUAUAUAGUUACGAUUUUAAUAAUAAAAUAAUAAUCCAAAAAUAUAUAUAUAGAAGAAGAUACAAAUGCAUGUGAAAUUUUAAAACAAUUUAUUCAAUAAAAAAUAUACCGUAUACUUAUCAUGUUUUAAAAAUUGAUAGACAUAUAUAUAUAUCAAUUUAGAAUUGAAAACAAAAUGUUUAUAUAAAAAUAAAUAAAAACAAAAAUUCGCGCGGUUGCGCGGAUCGAGAUCUAGUACUACUCUUAUUUUGCAAAAUAAUGUAAAGUGAACCUAGAAAGUUUAGUUUUUGCUUUUCUAAGGAGAAACUGUUUAGCCUGCUAAUAUGGAAUAAACAAUAAAAAUAAAUUUUACGAUUCAAACUGUACAUAAAACUUAUUUUAUUUUGAGUUAUUAGUUGAUUGUUUUAUAAUUCAAUAUUUAUAAAUAUUAAAUAGGAGCGUUUAACAAAAUUGUGAUUGUUUUGAAAAUAUUGUAUAUAAAUCUAUUAUGCUAAGAUUUGUAGUGUCUAAAAACAAAAACGGUAUUGAUCCUCUGUGAUUUUAAAAAGACAAUACAUGUCUCAAGUAAAUACCUUCGACAAACUGGUAAUAUCUUUGUCAUUGCAAUUAAAUCAAAAAUAUAUAUGAAGGAAAUCAAAUAACUCAUAAAUCACCAAGGUUGGAAUUGUUGAGGGUUUUGUGUGUAUGAACGAAGGGGGAGACAUUGCUUAUAUGAUUGUCAUAAAGCCAAUUCCAUGUUUUUGUUUCUUUUCUAACCAAUUAAGACGGAAUAGAUUAGUCAUAUUAAUUGGAUAUUACAAUAACAGGAGACAUGUUUUUUCAACACAAACAAGAAAAAGCCAUGUGAACUUCCACCAUCUUUGUAAUCUGCCUAACAUAUAUUGUAUUAAAUUAUAGAUUUUUUGCUUUUUGUUAUGUUUACGGUUUAAAAAUACCAAAUUGCGUAUAUUUACUUAACUUAAUUUCUAGCUGGGCUGGCUAAAGGAAAGACAUAUAGACCGAAUGUUACCUUGCAUACAUAUUAGACUAUUUCUAAUGUAUUCUUUUAUUUUUACCUCUAAAAUAAAGUAUCAUCUCUAAAAUAGAGAUGAAUUUCUCUCUAAUGUAUAUUUCUAUUGUUGCCUCUAUAAUUGAAUAAUUUCAAAAUAUUAUAUUUUAAUUUUACAAGAAAUGUCUUUUAUUUAUAAAAAUUGAUAACCAACCCUAUUUACUUUUAACUUUUAAAAGAUUUUCAUAAAAUUAUGAAUUUUUUAAAAGUAAAGUUUUAUUAAAAGACUAUUAGGUAAAUAAAAAUGUAAUUCCAUUAUAACAAAAACUUUAUUUCUCUAUACAAUAAUUACUUUGAUUAUAACUAUAAAAUUUGAAAGUUAAAGAACUGUUUUGAAAAAAAAAAUAUGACUAUAUAAUUGAGGAAUGCUAUUUUUUCUCUAUAAAUAGAAAAAAAAUAGCAAUAUCUAUUUUAGAAGUGAAAAUAAAGGUGGGAUGGAACACAUUUGACUCUAUUAUAACAUAUAGAAUUAUAGAGGUGAAAAUAAUAAUGAGUUGUAGAUGUUCUUAGACCAUUUCCAUUGGUUUACUUUGUUUUUUCCUUUAAAAUAGAGUGAUUUUAUAGUAGAGUUGGAUGUUGCUCCAAUGAUAUUUUAUUUUAUAGUGAAAAAUAGAGUGAUGAACAAAGAAAAAAAUAUAUAGAGUAAAUAUAUUUUUUACUCUAUUAUAGAAUAGAAAAUAAAAUGUCAUUUAAACAUUUUUACUCUGAACUCUAUUUUAUAAUGAAAAAAUAUAUUGAGAUUGGAGAUACUCCAGCGUACUCGUAAUUCAUUAUGAUUUAACUUAAUUUAAACAAAUGUUUUUAAUUUUAGUGAAUAAAAGAAAAAAAUAUCCCGACUCUUGAAAGUAAAAUAAUAAAAAAGGAGUAAAUGAUAUUAUCCUGGUAAUUACUGAGUGGAAACAAGUGUGUGUUUUUCUUUGUUUCAAAUAGUAAUCAGAGCAAUAUAAAAAUGUUACACUUCAUUGAUAAAUUAUAUGUAAAUUUAGAGUAAUACAAUACUUAUAGUAUAUAUUUACUCCACAGUGACCAAUUAAUAACAGCCUAUAAGUUUUAACUGUUUCUAGAGUAAUACAAUAUAUGUUGAUUUUCUACCUCCGAUUUUGCUGUCUAAACCGGUGAUUUCUUAGUAGAGUAGUUGAUGUUAUUUAAAAACAAAUUUCAGUUUUUAUGUUAAAGAAAAUAAAAAAGAGAUAACUUCGAUGAAUCACCAGCUAAAAAUUUUCUUACCAGUGGUCUAGUUAGUAUUUCAUAAAUAAAAUGGAGUAAAAAUGUGAAAAUAUGAAAAUAAAUAGAUAAAAUGGAAUAAAUGUUAUUAAUCUGAUAAAUAAUAGAGUGAAAAUAAGUGUGUGCUUUUCUUUGUUUAAAUAAUAUUGAAAGCAGUAUUUCACUUAGCUGAUAAAUUAUAGUUAAACUUAGGGGGUGAUUGGUAGUUGAUGUAGGUGCUGUCCACAAUCCUAUUUAUUUUUAUAGCACCAAAUUUAGAGCAAUCAAGCUUUAAUUUUUUUUUUGAAACCACAGCUCUUGAAAUAACCUACAGCUGUACAAGUGCUCUGCAGAGUCAAAUAUCCAAAUCAAUUGUUUAGUGCUUUCCAUAAAAUUUUACAGCAAUAAAAUCUAAAGCCACAAUAAAAAGUCUGUAGAUUUUUUUCUACAUCAAAAAUUUAAAAGCUACAGUCAUUACCAAUCGGACCCUUAAUGUAAUACAAGACUUAGAGUAAAAAAAUUACUUUAUAAUGACCAAUCAGUCUGUCACAGCCUAAAAGUUUUGAUCGUUUCUGGUCAAGAAAGUUUCAAUUGAUAUGUUAAGGAAUUUCGAAAGAGGGGUAACUUAGAUGAAUCAUGUCAUAUCCAAAUUAAAGUCACAAUCCAAAACAAGGACAGUUUAAUUGUUAUAUGUAACCAGUUAUGUUAUUUUUGUUGGUUUAUGAUUGGUUAUCAAUACUUAUUAUGAUGCACACACUGCUACACACAACCAAUAAACCUGGUUCGAAUAAAAAAAGAUAUAGCGACGGCGGAAACAAAACAUAAAGUAAAAGAUGGUGAACAGAUUGUAUGAGCUUAUAAUUUGUCAUGACAACAACCAACAGAACCAUGUAGUACUAACCUUAUGUUUGCUGGUCAAACUAUAUAGUAUUUGUGAUUGGCACAUUAUUAACGUCCCUAAGUUGUAAUUUAUAAAAUCUAGAAACAGUUGACACCAAAUUAUUAGACAAACAAAUCCGACCGGGGCAUGGCAGUGUUACUAUUCUAUUAUAAUUUAUAAGGAGUUCAUCUAAAUUAUUUAAUACUAAUUAACAAAUAAGGUUACGUCAGCUAUGAAAUUAUGUCGAUUAUGUUCUAGAAUUUAGAUGACUACUGUUAAAGCUUAGUUUUCAAAUCCGUUGACAACUAAAAGUUCAGUAAUUUUGGAAGCGAAGAAUUUAAUCUUGUUCCAUUGUUUAUUAAUCCAAAUAUAAUCCGAGUUGGUCAUAGAUGUUAGCUGGUUCGCUAAUUGCUAGUCAAUAAUCCCUCUCCCUCAUUUCUUGCAAUGGAUUUAUGGAUACUUCUUUUUCGUAAGAAACUCAAUUUUGGAAAAUAGACGAAAUGUAUUUUAAGUUUUGGAAUUUAAGAAGAUCUAUUUUUUUUCAUCUCAUAUUGAUGGUAACUUGUUUGGGGGUUUAUGGAAUCGUUUGAACUUCAUAUCUCCUGUUAACUAACUAUGGGCCUUGGUCCAUAGCUUAACCACUAAAUUGUCUUUGUUAAAUCAGUUAAAGUUUAAAACGUUCCUUAAGUCACGUUUACUUGCCAAAGAAACCAAUCAAAUAUUACCUCCAUAAGCUUGCAGUAAUCUAAAAGGAAAGAGGAAUCGCGAUGUUUAAUUCGGGUUCAGUUCGUUAACAUUCCCGGAUCAGGCCCAUGGUAUAUGUUGGGCUUUACCAAGACAGUGAUGGGUUUUGUUUGUACUUGAUCCGUAGCCGACAUGGCAUUAAAAGAUAAAUCACAUGGAGAAGAGACACGUGUCGAACUUAACGGCAAUAGCGGCUUCGGGUUGUGGUUAGGGCACGAUCUUUCGUAAAGCAAACAUAAAAACAGAGCGGUGAUGGUCCCACGCACACUUGUCUGCUGCAUUGUGGGACCCCACUUUGCUAACAUGGACCCACACGUUCUUUGCUCUUUUCUUAUUUCCAUAAAAUGUUUAAUCCCAUGUCAACUCAUACCCAAUAACCCAAGUCUAAUCUUAUUGCAUUAUUUGACAAAACGCACAUAAUCGUCUCAUCAUGUACAUAGAUGUGUCUUUUAACCAUGCAGAUAUUUUCUCGUUAGGUAACACGUUUAUUAAGGUUUCAAGAAAAGUGUCAAAUCACAUCAUUGAACAAGUUUUCCACCACCAUCCGAUCAAAUCGUUGAGCAAAACUCAUGAGCAUCAAGUUCUUAUCAUGUCUGCCAAGUUUAGUGUGAAAAUUUAUAGACAUUUCAGUAUUGAACUGCAAGGUUUUAAUGAGUAGUACGUUGUGAUACUUAAUUGGUCUUAUGUAUAUUCAGUAUAGUUUUGCAUGUCUUCAAACCAUAAUUAAACUUCAAAAUCUAUAUAUCCAUUGUAUUGAACUAAGUCAAACAAAUAUAUAUAUAUAUAUAUAUACACAUAAAUUGCAUGCAUUCAACCAUAUAUAGUAACUACAAAUUAUAUUAUUUGUAUUGAAUAUAAAAUACAAAUAUCUUUGAGACUUUUGGGGGUUUUAGCAGACACUACCAGUGUCCACUUGUUGUUAACAUCAAACUAUAUAUGUCCGUUGUUCAUUAGAAGCGUGGGAAUUAGUACUUUAUUAGCAUUAGAUAUAUACUAUAUAAUUGCCAUAAAGUCAACGUAAUGCAACGAAAUACCUAGGUGGCUGUAAUGUCAUUAUGUUCAAGUAGAUACGAACAACUAAACAUGUAUCAUGUAUAAAAUUGACCAACAUAUAUUUCAAUGUAAAUGAUUUAAUAAUACGUACACAUACCCACACAAUGAAUGAAUCAUAUACAGGACGUUGCAAUACUUGAUAGUUAUAUAUUCAAUUAAUCACAGAUAAUAUAUAUUAUACAUGUGUGGUGUUAGACUUUGAAUAAUGAGUUUAAGUCAAUGAAUAAGCCAUGCGUAUGAUAAAUAAAUUAAACAAACUUGGUUCAAUGUUUCUGUGAAAAGAAACGUAGGUUUUACCUGUCAGAAAUGCAACAAUCCGUUUGGAGAAUGUUUUGGCAGAAAAAAAAACUGCUAACCUUUUUGUCAAUCGCCAUUAGAAAUAUCGAUCUUACCGCGUAUGCUAAGGUUCCCGAGAAACAUACACAUGAAGUGAAUGAAAGACGAGUUAUAGGGGACAAAAGUUAACAAGGUAGCGUAAAACCAUGCAAAGUGUUUGAAGGCUCCAACGUAGAGACAAAGAGUUAGGAGCUAAAAACCGCUUCUUGGGAUAAACAAAAGAAGCAUAUGCAUCAAAAACCCUAAUCCUACUUUUUGCACGUUUCAAUUACCAGCUAGAUUUUUGCUCUAUUUAUUAAUACAAAUAUAGAUAUAUACAAAAAAUAACUAAGCGGUGUCAAUCUGAGGAUGCUAUAACUACGAGAGAGAAGACACAAGUUUGGUCUUUUCACUUUUGCUUGGAAGGUUUCUCUGGUUUGCAUCAGUGAAUCCUUCAUAGACAUAAGAGGGGCCACACAGACACCCUAAUCUGACCAUCGCUACAGUUUUCUUCUUCUCACUCAGACAUUUGCAUGUUCUCUUCUUCUCCUCUACCAUCACAAUAUCUUCAAAACGUCAUAUCUCUCUCCAUCUCUCUAUAUAUAUAGGUCUGCAACUGUCUCGGUUAUAGUCCAAGUCAUAUAUCUUUCUUGGUCUCUAUUACUGGUAUGGAUCCGUUGAGGACUACUUGCUUCUAUUUCCUUUGCAUCGUCUUUGUCAUCCUUUCUCCGAGUUGCUUAUGCGAUUCUCGCCGUCUUGGACCCAUGGAGAAGAAGCUUGGUGUGAAUCGUGACCAUUUAAUUGCGGAGAACAACGAAGAAAUUACAAAACAUGGCGUUCCUUCAACAAACGUGGCGAAAACCUUAUUGAGUGAAGCACCGAUCGAACAUGACGUAGCUAACCAUGGUCAGAUAAAUGGGAAUAGUACGAAGGACGGUUUCAGGGUAAAACGUGCUUCACUAGACAAAACCGUGCCGUCCAAAAGAGUCUCGAGAACUUGGAAAGUUCCUAAAUAUUCAAAGAAGCAGCCUAGAUCAGAUCACGAACAUCCAGCAUUCAGUCUCGACUACAUGCAGCCCAGCACCCAUCCGCCUCAUCAUAAUUAACUUUCUCUUGAUCAAAUUUCUACAUUUUGACUCGUUUAAUGUGGUCACAAACGACCUAGUUUGAAGCUUUAUAUAAAAUAUACUAUAUGUUAAAUAAAAUAAACUAGUAAAGCAGGUUCUUGAUGUUGUACGAUACUACUCCGGUUGCAUUUCUUGAUUUUGUGACUAUAUCACGCAUUCGUGCGCAUAUAUCGAUCAUGGUGCACUACUAUAUUUACUCGUCUCUAUAUACAUGCAUGGUUACCUCUCUUUUGAAUUUUUUUUUUUUUGUUGUUAAAGUAGUCCUUUGAAUGUUAUGUUAAUACUAAAUAAGAAUGUACUUUUGUUGUUGUAAAAAAUUUCGUGAUAUUAGACUAACUUACUAACGAUUGAUUGAUCAUGAUUCAAAAUUUAAAAAGCAGCGAAAAUUUUGAUAUACUUGAUGGUUACAUAGCUAUAAGUUCUGAUGGCAUUAAAACUUUGCAUAAGCAAGUUUGUAGUAUGUACAUAUGUCAGUCAGUAAAGUUGGAGCCGAGGAAACAAAAGAUUGCCCAUAGUGACAAAAACCAUAUAAAUUUCAUUUGGCACACAUGAUGGUUGUGCAUGGUGUUCGGUGUCUCGUUCGAAUUAGUUGGUUCAGAUUUUUGGUGCCAUGUUCGUAAGUUCCGUUCGGUUUUACUAUUUCCAGUUCAUGUUAGUUAUUUGGGUUCGGUUUGGAUUGAAUUACAACCAAUACAUAUUUGAAACACCCAAAAUUUGAAUUAAAAAAACUAUUAAGAUGGAUAUUUGAAUCACCCAAAAUCUAAAUUAGGUCAAUCUUAAAAUUUUAGUAUUUGUGAUUUGUUUCCUUUUUAACGUAUACUAGAUUCUGAUCCACGCAUCUGUGUGGAUGUUUUCUAAAAAAAUUAUAUUGUUCAAAUUUUCUUUUACCUGUUUGUAG